UCUCGUUUAACCACGCUUACACUAUCCAAUAAACUCGAAUAACCCGAUCGUUACCCGUUUCGUUUCCGAAACUAAACUCUGUUUAAUCGCUCCGAUAACCGCCAUGGAAGGAGGCGGAGGAACGCUAUCGGAGGUUCACCAAACCGCGAGAAAGCUGCUGCUCAAAACACGCGACGGCCUCGAACGUCUCGAGCGCCUGGAGUAUUCCAACUCCUCCUCCUCGUCAUCCGAUCUCUCCUUCGCCGUAAGCAAAGACAUCACUCAGAUCCAAUCUCUCUGUGUCGAGAUGAAUCGCCUCUUGCGAUCCAUUGGCGCCAAAUCUCAACGUGAUCUCUGGAAAAGGAAAUUGGAACAAAUAGCUGAAGAGGCUGAGUCGUUGAGAGAGAGUUUAGAGAAAUAUAACUCGAGGAAUCAUAAACGAAUGAUGGAAGCUAAAGAUAGAGCGGAACUUCUGGGAAGAGCUAAUGGGGAUUCUAGCCAUGUUAUGAGGAUUUAUGAUGACGAUGCGCAAGCGAUACAGUCGGUUCGCAGUUCUGCGCGUGAAUUGGAAAACGCUAAUGCACUUGGGGAAACUAUACUUUCAUCUAUUCAUGGACAAAGGGAACGCUUGAAGAGUGCGCAAAGAAAAGCAUUGGAUGUUCUCAAUACAGUGGGGAUAUCAAACCGUGUUUUGAGGCUAAUUGAAAGACGCAACCGUGUAGAUCAAUGGAUCAAGUAUACGGGGAUGAUAUUGACUAUCAUUUUCUUGGUUGCUUUUGUUUUGUGGAGACGUUAACACCGCCAGUUGUUGAACAAUAGACAUAUUUCUCAUGUUUCUCAGUGGAAAGUGUAUAAAAUUUUGAUUUAAGGUCUUUCAAGGCUAACCAGCAGAGCAGUUUUUCCAGAAAAAAAAAAAAAUACUCAUGUUUAUUACUGUCAGUGACACCCUAGAUAUCUGGGUGGAAUUGUCCAUGCCUGAUAUACUAUAGUUUGUUUGGAUUCAGAGACAGGAUCUAAGCCUUGCACACUGAAAGGAUAAAAUUCACUCCUGUUAUUUAUUGAUUUUAAUAUUUGUUCAUUGAGUAUUGUAUAUUUUAACUUUCAUUGUAAGAAUGUGUAUUCAACUUAAUUUCUUUUGCAAGUA